UAUUUGAAGCUGUGUUUCAGAUAUAUUAUUAUUUUGUUUAUAAUUUGUAUAUUAAAUGAAGUAAAUUCUGAGAUACAAAAUGAUGGUACAACCAAGGCUCAUUUAGUUCCAUACCCGCAACAAAUAGUCACUUAUCCGACACAACUUACUAUUGAUUCAAAAAAUUUUAAGUUUGUCACAAAAACCAAACAAAAAUGCGAUCUAUUGGAUGAGGCCAUCAAAAGAUACCAGAAAUUAUCAUUUAUUAAUGGAUGUUAUCAUUUGAAUCAUUUGAGUGAAAACACGUUUAAAACGGAUUAUUUUGAACCCAAUGAAGACUAUCUGACAAAUAUAACAAUUGAAGUGAAAGGUGAUUGUAUUGAUGAGUGGCCACACCUUCAUAUGGAUGAGAUGUAUACGUUAAGGAUAGACACCGAAGACUUUCCUAAACAGGCCGUCAUAUUCGCCAACACAAUAUGGGGUGCUUUAAGAGCAUUGGAGACGUUCUCACAAUUAACUCAUCAUAAAUCGGACACAAUAUAUGCCAUCAAUUCUACACUUAUUUUAGAUAAAGGAGCAAAAUGUAUCUAUGAAUACAGAAUGAUAUUCUACUUACAGGAAGUGACCGUAUAUCUGGAUGACCAGUCUUUCCCUUAUGUAAGUGAAAAGUUCCCAGAAUUAAGCGAAAAGGGAUCUUAUAAUCCAAAGACUCAUGUCUACAACACUCAAGAUAUAGAAAAUGUGAUUACAUUCGCGCGAAUGAGAGGUAUAAGAGUUAUUGUUGAAUUGGACAGUCCUAGUCAUUCAUUAUCAUGGGGUAAGGGAUACCCCAAACUAUUGACGGAAUGUUAUUCUGGGGGUCAACCUACUGGCCAAAUGGGGGCAUUGGAUCCAAGCAGAAACUCUACUUUCGAGUUUUUAAAUUCAUUGUUCACAGAGAUUGCUCACAAGUUUCCCGAUCAAUACAUACAUAUAGGGGGUGAUGAAGUGAACACCACGUGUUGGAAAACUAAUCCUGAUAUCCAUUCGCUAAUUGUCUAUUAUAAAGGCCUGAAUUAUUCUCAACCUAACAUACCGUCCUUCACAAACUGUCGAUUGUUAUCUGUGAUUAACGUAUGGAAAGAGAACUAUAACAAAGAGUUAUAUAAUUUAACCAAGUUGAAUUACCCGGUCAUAUUGUCUUCGUGUUGGUAUUUGAAUAAAAUAUCUUAUGGUUACGAUUGGUUCCAGUACUACGGUUGUGAUCCACAAAACUUCAAUGGCACUGAACAACAAAAUAAAUUGGUGUUAGGGGGACAGGUGUCUAUGUGGGGGGAAUGGGUCGAUGCCAGCAAUUUCAUGACCAGAACUUGGUUUGCCACGGGCAGUAUCUGUGGCCGAGAGGCUGUGGAGUGCAAAGAGUUUGUCGAAUGCAACGGAAGCUCAGUAUCGGCCACGGGCAGUAUCUGUGGCCGAGAGGCUGUGGAGUGCAAAGAGUUUGUCGAAUGCAACGGAAGCUCAGUAUCGGUUUGUGCCCAACAGAUGCCUGAUGUUGGACAGGGGGCUAAGACUUCAACCCGUGGUUGAGCCUAAAGAGUAUCAAUUUGGGUUUUGUAGGUGUGAUCCCGAGGUGUAGUCAAA